UGUGCGCGACGCCUUCCAGGGAAUCCCAGCGGUAAAGCACGACAUGGAGGAAAGUUGGUGGGGCCCCGCUCCUGAAAACAGGGACAGUCCAGUGACAGUCAAGGUGGAAGGUUCCACGUGGGAGCAGCAGGCGCGCAGCGCAGAGGAGCGCGGCUCCCACGCCCCGGAGCUUUGCCGCCUGCGCUUCCGGCAGUUCCGCUACCAGGAGGUGCCCGGACCUCGGGAGGCGCUGGCCCAGCUCCGCGAGCUCUGCCGCCUGUGGCUGCGGCCCGAGACGCACAGCAAGGAGCAGAUGCUGGAGCUGCUGGUGCUCGAGCAGUUCCUGCGCAUCCUGCCCGCGGCGCUGCGGGCCCGGGUGCGGGAGGGGCACCCGCGGAGCGGCGAGGAGGCGGUGGCGGCGCUGGAGGAUAUAGGGACCAACGCAGGAGACACCGCACAGCAGGCCUCUGUCUACGCUCAGGGACAGGACAUGCACCUCCUGGUGACAGACUGUAAAGGGGCCUCUUCGGAGCGGCAGAGCCUCCAAGUGCUGCCUGGAGCGUCCACUCUGAAGCGGGAGCCGCCAGAGUCCCCCCGCGAGGACGGCGGAGCCAGGGGUGCCGUCGGGUCACCGGCAGGGCCUGCUCCCCAGGACCCAGCUCCUCUCCAGGAAAAAGCCUCCAGAGACAAGGCAGCAGCACCUGAAUUUAAUCCUCUGCAGUCCAGGACACCAGUGAAGACUGAGGACGAAGCGGUCCCGGCCCUUGUCCCAGAGGAGUGGCCACAGCUGCGUCUGGCUCAGAGGGGCCUCUGUGGGGACUCGGCUCAGGAGGUGACAGACCUCCUCCUCAUGACUGAAGAAGUUGUAAGUAAAGGUGCAUCGUUUCACGCAAAGCAGGAAACAUCUGAAGAGAUGGACCAAGACGCCGAGGCCUCGGGAGCACCCGGAAGAGGUCAGGGGCCUCAGGCCCCUCGUGCUCCUGUCGCCACUGAAAGGUCUGCUGCACAUUUGAACACCCUGAAGGACCGUCAGCCAGGCGACCUGUGGGCCCGCAUGCACAUCUCGUCCUUGGAAUACGCUGCGGGAGACAUUACCCGAAAAGGGAGAAAAAAAGACAAAGCUCGAGUGAGCGAGCUGCUCCAAGGCCUCGCAUUUUCCGGGGACUCAGAUGUGGGAGACGAUAAUGAGCCAGAGACCCAGCCGGUUCCAAAAAAGCUGAAGGCAUCCAGAGUCCCAGAGAAGACUUGGACCCAGAGAGACAUUAAACCCGGCUUCCCAAGCUGGUCCGUACUGGAUUCAGGGCUGUUGAAUCUCAAGAGUGAAAAGUUGAGCCCAGUAGAGCUUUUCGAAUUAUUUUUUGAUGAUGAAACAUUCAACUUGAUUGUCAAUGAAACCAAUAAGUAUGCCUCUCAGAAAAAUGUCAACUUGGAAGUCACAGUUCAAGAAAUGAAGUGUGUGUUUGGUGUCCUGCUUUUGAGUGGAAUUGUGAGACGUCCCAGAAGGGGGAUGUAUUGGGAAAUCUCGGAUACUGAUCAGAACCAGGUUAGAGAUUCCAUUACAAGAGACAGGUUUGAAUUGAUUUUCUCCUACCUGCAUUUUGCAGAUAAUAGCCACCUAGAUCCAAAAGAUAAGUUUACAAAAUUGAGGCCUCUCAUAAAGCAAAUGAAUAAAAAUUUCCUCCUGUAUGCCCCCCUACAAGAAUACUAUUGUUUUGAUAAGACAAUGUGUGAAUGCUUUGAUAGCGACCAGUUCCUGAAUGGGAAACCUAUAAGGAUUGGCUAUAAAAUUUGGUGUGGUACCACCACACAGGGGUAUCUGGUUUGGUUUGAGCCCCAUCAAGAAGAAUCCACGAUAGCGGCAGAUAAGGACCUUGAUCUUGGUUUAGGGGGAAAUCUAGUGAUGCAUUUUGCUGAUGUUCUUUUAGAGAGAGGUCAGCACCCCUAUCACCUGUGUUUCGAUGGCUUCUUCACAAGUGUCAAGUUAGUGUCAGCCUUGAAGAAGAAAGGCGUGAGGGCAACAGGAACAAUCCGUGAGAACAGGAUGGAAAAAUGUCCCCUUAUGAAUGCAGAGCAUAUGAAAAAAAUGAAGAAGGGGUAUUUCGAUUUCCGAGUGGAAGAAAACGAUGAGAUAAUUUUGUGUCGUUGGCAUGGUGACAGCAUUACCAGUCUGUGCUCCAGCGCUGUUGGCAUAGAGCCCGUCAGCGAGGUAAGCAGUGUUGCGGAUGACGAGGCCUCUCAGAUAAGCCGCCCAUCCAUAGUGAAGCUGUAUGAUGAAUGCAGGGAAGGCGUAGCUAAAAUGGAUCACAUCGCUUCCAAAUACAGGGUGGGGAUAAGGAGCAAGAAGUGGUACUCAGCUCUGGUGAGCUACAUGGUUGAUUUAGCCAUGAACAAUGCCUGGCAGCUACACCGAGCCUGCAACCCCGGCACCUCCCUGGACCUACUAGACUUUCGGAGACAUGUUGCGCAUGCCUACCUGGAGCACAACGUGGGUCUGUCGGAUUGAGGCAGAAAAAACAGAUACCGGGCGGACAGUAAUAAGACAGAAAAAUCGCAACUACACAUCAGUUUAUACUUUCCCAAACCAAAUCUGAGACAUGUAAUGAAAUUAAUAUUUUUUAAAAACCCAGAAAUUCAUAUAGAUUUUCAAAGGCUAUAUUAACA